AUGGAUUUGCAUUUGAAGAACGUGUUUGAUAGAUUCCAGGAGCAAUUUGGGUCUGGUCCGGGGCUUGGUCCUGGAUCCGGGACAUGUCUUAUGAAGGUAGAAGGCAUUUCUCCAAAUUUUAUUAAGUCAGUGUUUAAAGCUUCGGCAGCUCUAUAUAGGACUGAUCCAUGGAAAAGAUUGUGCCCAGGGCAUCUGUUCGGCAUCCGGGUUGGGAAAGAUACGGAUUGGUCUGGCAAGAAACAGCCUUUCCCAUGUGUCCAAUUCAUUGGAGGGGAUGGUGGCGAUAUUGGCUUUAAUAUGUUUCGAUCUCAAAAUGAUGCUAAGAGGAUGACUGGUUCAAGAGAGACAAUUCAGGUGCCCAAUGUUGAGCUUUUACGGGUCACAUAUGAACGCGAGUCAUUGAUGUUUCCCUCUAAUAGGAAAAUGAUCAAAUCUUUGUCAUUGGAAGCAUCAGUGAUUGAUCGCUUCCCUGUUAUUGAUGUUGCCCGCUGCACGUCGUCAGGGACUCUUAGAUUUAGGCAUCCAACUCCUGAAGAGCUUAGGUUUGUGUAUGCAUUCAUGAAAGCCAUAGCUCUGGUGCACCCAUUGCUUCAGGAAGACAAAGAAGGUGGUCCAAAGUGGUCAAGGUUAAUGUACUUUGAACCAUUUAUCGAGACGGUUGAUGUUCAGUGGCCACAAGAAAUGGCCAAAGGUUAUGAUCUCGUUGCAGUUACAAUCUCACACCCACCUGGUCAGGCAUAUGAAGAAAAGACUAGUUCAACGGCUAGCUCAACCCCAACCAAAUAUGCAGAACUAUCAAGGGAGGAGGCUUUUGUUGAUAUAAGAGUCUACUCAAAUGGCAACUUGCGACAGUGUGCAGCAUGUGAGAAAGAAAUCCACGGUGAACAGGCUCUCUCGUGUGUACGAUGUCAAGCAGUGCUCUACUGCAGUUCUGUCUGCCAGAAGCAGCAUCUGAAGGAAACACAUAAGAGCAUGUGUGGUCUUUACAAGGCUAUGAUGGAAAGGGAAGAAGAGCUGGCAAUGAAUAUCUUCAUGUUCCCCUGUGCUGCUGACCAACCUUGUAAAUGGCUUGAAUCAUUGGGCAUCCAUCAGAAGGGUAUGUGGAGGAGAAAGUGUAGUUGCUAUUCUCACUGCCCCUUUGGUCUUCUUCCUGUUAAAGGUGGACUCUGGGAUUCUUGGGGAGGGCUUAAUGAUGAAGAGUUUCCACGUGACUCGUCCUUUCAUCAUCAUGUAAGAGAUGGUAUGUCAAGUCCAAUCCUCCUCUCUGGCUGGUCGGAAUACUAUAAUCUUCGCUCGCUGCCAUUGUCAAGCCCCGUUGCCGACAUCCUCUCCCACCCAUUGACCGUUUAUUACAUAUUGACAACUCUCAACAUCAGUUCAAAGAACUUACUAAUGAAAGGUAAGGAGGUGGUUGUCCACUACCUAGGUCCAGAGGGAGAGUUGGAUUGGAUGCCAGCAUUUGCAGAGGUUGGUCAUUUGCUCAAUGGAUUGGGCAAUGUACAAAUUAUUAUGGUGGGUUCUGAAGUUCCAACAAAUUUGUCGGGGACAACUUCAGGAAUUGGUAGCAGAGUGAGAGUGAAUCUUGUCAGGGGUGUUUAUGAGGAGGAAGCCUCCUACCUACCUUCACCUCAUGUUAUUGUUGCACUAAACUGUGGAUUGAGUUGCUAUUCAACUUGGGGUGGUGCUCUUAACUCAAUUAAGUCCAUGGGCGUUCCAGCCUUCUUCACAGAUCAAUCUGAAAUCUCAUGUGCAAACGCUAAACAGGUUUUACGAAGUGCUGGACUGCAUAUCACACAUCCUGUGAUGCCAAAUCCUUUCCGCUCACCGGUGAAACAUCACGAGCCUUCUAGCAAUCUUCCUUCUUAUAGCAAUGGUUUUGUGCUUGGGGUAAAUACAUGA